AUGCCUCGUUUCGGCUCUCUUUACCCGUUCGUGUUUGGAGCCACACUGGUCGUUCUCGCUAUCGCCUUCCACGGGAGACGGAAGUUGUUUCCAGAGGUGUUCGAAGAGCAGAGGCGAUUGGCGAUCGAGGGACGACGUCGAGCCCAGGAAGUCCAGACGGCAGUGGCUGAAAGCGUGCAGAAAGGGAAAAAGGACACGAAAUCAAACUAA